UUUUUAAAGAGGACGUCUUUUUUUCAUGAAAAGACAUGAAAGAAAGACGAUUUUUCCUCAAAAACCUUCAUAUAUUGUCUCUGAUUUUGUAAUUCAUCCAGAAGGUGUAGAUGCUUUGCACGCUUCAAUACUUUAUCAGGCUUCUCGUAAUACAAUUCCAAGACAUUGGAUAGCGCAUGAGAAUAUACCUCUUGUCUUUCAGUGUAGAAUGCUUGAAAUAUUACUUAAUAAUGAUAAUGUAUUGGUUGUUGAGGCUAAAAAGGAUGUUGAACCAGUGUAUGGUGUUAUUGAAUGUAUGAAACAUAGAAUCUAUGUGUUUAGUGAAUUUGAUUCAAGAGUUACUCGUAUAGAGGUCCUGAAAUUGCAUGGGAGAUGUGAAAUUAGUGAGAAUAUUGAGAAAACUGCUGAUAUUGAAACACCUUUAUUGCAGGUUGUGUUGCCAUGGCAACCUCUAGUAAUCAAUAGUAUUAAGGAUUCAGAUAUGAAGCAAAUUUCAAGUAAAGAAAUACUAAAUAGUCUUCGACAACAAUAUUUCUAUAUCCUUUAUAUUUCGAAAGUCUCAUUGGCUUAUUUUGCAAAAACUACAUUAGCAAAAGCAAGAAAAGAGUGUCAAGAAGUUUAUUUACAUGAAAAUAAGGGGUAUUUUGAGAUGAUGAAAUUUAUUGAGACAGAAAUGUUGCGAACACCGGAAGAAUUAGAGAUGAAAUUUAAAAAAUGGUUGCCUUUAUUGGUUGAAGUUACUUUGGAUGAGACGAAUGAUGUAAAUAUAAAUGAAUGGCCAGAAGAGGUGAAAUGUUGGCCAGUAGAUGCAGAUGAGCGGGAAUUUAUCUUAAAAUGGUGUAAUUGUAAUGAAGAUUGCGUUUUUCGAAAUAAAAAAAAUGUGAAUAAAAGAAUUGAUGCAUUAAAAUUUCGAGAGUUUGAGUUACAGAUUAUUUUAGUAUUAGAAGUGCUUCUGUUAUGCUAUGAAACAAAAAAUUAUGUAUCGGAUCAAGAGUUAAAGAAAAGUCACAUGUCGAUUAAUGUCGAACAGUAUUUGGAUAUUUUAGUUGAUAGAUUAUGUAUUUGGCAAGCAUUAAAUGAUACAGAUUUAUCGUUUGAUAAGAAUAUUGAUCAGAAAACGAAUAGCGAUCAAUUAUUGCAAUUUUGUGCAGAAGUUGUUAUGCCUUUUUAUGCAUCUAAACUUCCUGAUAUUUGUAGUGGACUAUUUGUUAAAUGUGGCGGACCAAUCCUUUGCCAUCAUUCUCUACGAUCAAAGAGCGAUAAAAAGAAAAUUCAAAAAGCUAAUCCAUCUGCUUUUUCGAAGCCACUUGUUACUGCUAUAAAAUCUCUGUCUAAUGUUUCUACAAAGUCACCUGUCGACAUUACUUCAAGUCUUGCAACAGCUCUCGGUGAUGAGAAAGCUAAAUUGCAGUCCGUGUCAGUUACACCACGUCCUUCAAUGGAUUCACGUGUUAAAGGCAUUUCAAGAGACGGUAUUUUGAAUUCUAAGAAAUCUCUUCAGCAUCGUGAAAUAAAGAUGCCUUUAUCAAAAAUUACUAAAAAAGAGAAGUUAGAUGAUUUAACGUCUCUUUCUAAUCAACAAUUUGUACGACCUCGUGUUGAAACACAACGGAUUCAAAUGAAGCAAAAAUCUGUUACUGGUCAGAUUCAAGUACUGGCAACACCCCAGAAGAAUCGAAUGGCUCGUCAGACAACAAAUUCAAUGGGUGAUUUAGCAGAAUGGAAUGAAGGCUGGGUAAUGAAUACAUCGAUUAAUGUUGAUGUUAAUAGGACGCCUUUAAAAAAACGUCAAAAGGUAGAUGUUAUAUCAGAAACGCCAAUAAAACGAUGA